CCGUUGCUCAGUCUGCUCCGAGCCUCACAGCUUCAGGAUGUGGAUAGAUAGCAAACGUUCCUCUGCUUGCACUGUGUUCAAAUCCUGCAGAUUCCCCUUCCGGGCUGUACUGGGAGAGUAAGUACCCCACCACGGAGUGCCUUAGCUCCCCGCAUUUGAACGCUCACACGGAUCUGGAGUCAGAGCAAUGAGGAGUGCACACUAACUGCUCUCUGAGCUUAAUGGGCAGCAGAAUGAAAUACAACUCAGCCAUCCGAGAGCUCAGCUGUGAGGAGACAGAGAGAAACAAAAGGAAGUAAAUGGCUCUCAACGCCCAUCCCGCUGGAGAUCAGGCACCCAAUUUGAGAAAAUAACAAAAUAAUCGCAACUGAGGAACGAUAGAAUUCCAUGUUUUAUACAAAUUUAAGACACGCUGAAGACUUCCUGUCAAGUUAGCGGAACUCUUGAACUUCACUCUUUACUCAGCCCUCAAGCUGUACAGUCACUCUGAACCAGCCGUAAGCUGUUCCUCAACGUCAUGUCGCAUCUAGCAGAUAAAAUGUUCCGAGAGAUUUGUCUGCUUUUAAUUGCUGUUUCUCCAGGACGUGGAAGACAUUAUGGAAACUUUCCAAGCCCAAAAAUAACAUUGGAACCCACAUCCAGCCUAGCCCUACAAGGUGGGGUUGUCAUUGUCAAGUGUGAAACGCACUCUGAGGAUCCAAAAACCGUCUAUCUGUUUCAAAAUGAUAAGGUCAUUUACAAAGUUGUACCUGUCUCGAUCUCACCUGUAGUCUACACCAUCGUCAAUGUAACCUCCCAAAAUACCGGGAAUUAUCGUUGUCUGUAUGAAAAUGUUUCCGAUCGACGUCAGAAGUCGAGGCCGAGUAUGCCUGUUAGAUUGUCCAUUUUGGCUGGGAUCAAGGCACCUUUGAGUGUCCUCCAACUGGCUCCAGCUGAGCCCUUUGAAGGCGAAAAUUUCACCAUGAGUUGCCGCACCACUGCCAGCAGUCAGUGUUUCAUCUUCAAGCGUGGGCACAAACAAAAUGAGUAUCUGCAAAUUGCGGAAGCGAAGAGCAACGCGACCGUCACGAUAGCGAAUGUGACUUAUAGUGACACGGGGAAUUACUCAUGUCGCUGCCUCAUUGAUGUCAAUGGUAAAAGAGUCUACACUGCCCAGAGUGACUGGUUGGAAGUAACUGUAAUGGGAAACAUUCCAAGCCCUACAAUAAAAUUGGAACCAGCAUCCAACCUGGCUCUACAAGGUGGGGUUGUCGUUGUUAAGUGUGAAGCGCACACUGAGGAUCCGAUAUUCAUCUAUCUGUUUCAAAACAAUAAGGUCAUUUACAACUUUAUAUCUGCCUCAAGCUCACCUGUAGUCUACACCAUCAGCAACGUAACUUCCAAACAUACCGGAAAUUACCAUUGCUUGUAUGAAAACGUUUCCGAUCAGUGUCAGAAAUCAAGGCCGAGUACUCCUGUUCGAUUGUCCGUAUUGGCUGGGAUCAAGGCACCUUUGAGUGUCCUCCAACUGGCUCCAGCUGAGGUCUUUGAAGGCGAAAAUUUCACCAUGAGUUGCCACACCGUUGCCAGCAGUCAGUGUUUCAUCUUCAAGCAUGGGCACAAACAAAAUGAGUAUCUGCAAAUUGCGGAAGCGAAGAGCAACACAACUGUCACAAUAGCGAAUGUGACUUAUUGUGAGGAGGGGAAUUACUCAUGUCACUGCCUUAUUGAUGUCAACGGUAAAAGUGUCUACACUGCCCAGAGUGACUGGUUUGAAGUUACUGUGAUAGACCGUCCAAAACCAAAACCAACCGAUGAAGCUGUGACGAAGCUAAAUUCCAGCCUUAUAUUGACAAUAGCAUUGGCUUCUACAACUUUCAUAGUACUUAAUCUGAUUUGUGCCUUUUUGGCAGCCUGUCUGUCCAUGAAAACUAUGAACAUGACCAUUCCACAAAAUGUUAGCUUCCUAGCUCAUGAAGAUUCCAGGCGCACAUUGGAGCUAACUGAGACAUCUUGGAGAUAUUAACAGAACAGAGGUGAGAAAAUUGUUUCCUUACGCAGGCUACACUUGUCAAUAGAGACAUACUCUGUUAAAAUCUUGCACAAACUAAUUCAAAAUUCACCUCCAAACUGGGUUUAACAUUAUUUCAUCACUGUGGGAAGAAUAUCUACAAUGUUAUUGAAUUGCCUUUUAGUCAACAGAGCCUGCUUAUUUAUCAGAGAUCGUAAUAGUGAAGACAAGGAGAUUUUCUGAAAUUGAGUGACCUUCAAUGUUAAUUAAUCGCCGGAAAAAUAGUAAAUGUUGCUGAGAACGCGGGAGAAAUUCAACAAGUUUGACAGCAUCUGUGGGGAGAAACGGAGUGAAACAGAGUUCACAUUUCGAGUCCGGUAUGAUGUU